GUCUGUCUGUCUGUGUCUCUCUCUUUCUCUGUCUGUCUCUCUGUCUGUCUGUCAUUCAAUCAAUCAAUCAAUCUUUGGGAUUAAAUGUUUUUUCCUCCUGCAGCUUUCAGACCAAGAUGGGUGCACAUGUGAUGAAGUGUGAAAUCUAUGUUGUCAGUGUGCUGCUGUUCACAAUGUACCAGAGUCCGACUGCUGCUCUCAGCUUCAGGGCACAUCUGUCUGAUUGUCUGGAGGACGCAGACUAUGAAACGUUGCUGCAGACAGCAGAGAGCGGCCUCCCCCCCACACACACACCGCACCAUGUGGUGGUUGUUGGAGCUGGCAUGGCUGGACUGACGGCUGCAAAGCUGCUGCAGGACGCAGGACACAAGGUGACCAUAUUAGAAGCUAGUGGUCGUGUGGGAGGACGAGUGGAGACGUACAGGAAUGAGACAGACGGCUGGUACGUUGAAUUGGGAGCAAUGAGGAUCCCAUCUACCCAUAAAAUCGUCCUCUUCUUCAUGAAAUCACUCGGGCUCAAUCUAAACGAAUUCAUCAUGACUGACCUAAACACCUUCUACCUGGUCAAUGGGAUAAAGAAACGGACGUCUGAAGUGAAUGCACACCCUGACAUCCUGGGGUAUAACCUGGAGGGUCACGAGAAAGGGAAGUCGGCCGACCAGAUUCUACAAAAAGCUUUGAAGAAGGUGUAUGACUACAUACAGAAACAUGGCUGCUCUGAAGCUCUUAAGAAGUAUGACCACUACACUGUGAAGGAAUAUCUGAAAACAGAAGGUCAUUUAAGCGCAGAAGCCGUGAGGAUGAUCGGAGACUUGCUCAACGAAGAGAGCCUCAUGUACACGGCGUUGACUGAGAUGAUGUACGAGCAGACUGAUAUCAGCGAUAAGGACAAGUACUUUGAAAUAACUGGUGGGUCAGACCUUCUCCCUAACGCUUUACACAAAAAACUGAAGGCCCCUGCUCUCCUGAACUCCACAGUGAAGCAUAUCAGCUGGUCAGAGACAGGUGUCUUCAUAUCGUACCAGAAAGACAAACAAUCCUCUCUGAUCGACCUAGAGGCUGACGCAGUCCUGGUAACGACCACAACCAAAGCAGCCCUGUUCAUUGACUUUGAGCCACCUCUCCCCGUUAAAAAGAUGGAGGCCCUGAGGGCGGUCCACUAUGACAGCUCCACAAAAAUCAUCCUCACUUUCAGUGAGAAGUUCUGGGAGAGGGACGGCAUCAAAGGAGGGAAGAGCAUCACCGACAGGCCCUCUCGUUUUAUCUACUAUCCCAGCCACAUUUUCACAAACAAGGACAUCGGCGUCCUCCUGGCCUCCUACACCUGGGGUGAUGAAUCUCAUCUCUUCCUUGGAGCAACUGACGAGGACCUGAAAGAGCUGGUUCUGGGAGAUAUAGCUGCGAUCCACGGAGAGUACGUCCGGUCUCUCUGCACAGGGGUGUUGGUGAAGAAGUGGAGCUUGGAUCCCUACAGCCUGGGCGCCUUCGCUCUCUUCACACCCUACCAACACCUGGAGUACGGUAAGGAGCUCUUUAAAAGUGAAGGCAGGCUGCACUUUGCUGGUGAACACACCGGCUUCCCUCACGCCUGGAUCGAGACAGCUAUGAAAACUGGAAUCAGAGCUGCGAUCAACAUCAACACGCAGCUGCUCGAUGUCUCCACCCAAACAAGAGACGAAUUCUGAGCCGUUACAUCUGAAUAGAUCAGUAUCCUUGUACUUCAUUGUUUUAGGGAAAUCUUUAUAAUUUGUAAUCACUUAAUUUUUACAUUUAUUCAUUUGAAUGCAGAUGUUUCACAUUCGAGUUUGAAAUUAGUGACUUUUUCUGUUUUCUAUGCUUUUCUUUAAUUCUGGACACAAUCGAUGGUUGUCUACGCUUUUAUUCUGGUACACGGGGCUACAUACAUGGAAAGAUUUUACCUGUUAAAUUGUUUCUUUCAUAUUCUAUAAACACAAUUAGGGUUAAGUAUGUAAUCUGAUUGAUUUGAGUGUGUCAUGUCAUGGGAAUAUCUCAAUAGUCAAGCACAAGUCAUUACAAUGUCUUUCUGGAAGUUUAUUCUACAUCUGCAGAUGGGCAUCAAUGUACAAUACCAUGGAGUGGAUUACAUACAAUGAGCAAUGACAUACAAGAAAAGCAGCACUUUAUACAUCUCCAAGCCCCUCCUAGAGAGGAAACAAAUGUUAUCGAUCAACCUCUUUCAUGUUAAGCAAUAGGUGACCAAUAUCCUGUCACCUACUCUUUCCCAGACCCUUGGAAUGUAACAUCUGUUUUCAAGAUCCCUUUCCCAAUGUUUACAACCACAAAAUCCCAGUCUUUGUUAGGUGACCCUGUCAGUGAGGAAGUCAUAUAACAGGUUGAGUGCAACCCUGACUUCUCAGGGAACAUUUGUUAUCUUUCUAAAAACAUCAAAGUAGUUCCUCAUAUCAAUCAUUGCCCUAAUAGUAAAAUUUCUAUCACAGUCAUUAAAUUCUAUAAUUUAAUCCAGAGCCUGUGCACUUGAGUUACUGAUUUUAGCAAAAACCACAAUUAAGUAAUAAUUUGAUCAGAUGCAUUUAUUCUUUCACACUAAGACACAUGUAUAAAUCCUUUGUUUUGUAUUAUGGCGUCACAUCGUACCUUCUAUUUUAUAAAGUUCUAUUAUACAGACUCACAAUACUAAAGCUGGGUGCUGGGUUUUCUCGACCUGUUCUGCACGAGAUUAUAAACAUGGUUGAGUCCAAAGACUUCUUCUCUGACAUCACGCUUGUAGGCUGUUUGUAGGUGAAGUUUUAUAGUAAAUGUGCUGCUCGAUGUCUCCACCCAAACAAGAGACGAUCUCUGAGCCGUCACAUCUGAAUGAAUCAGUAUCAUUGUGGUGAGAGAAAAAAAAGCCAAAGACUGGUGCGCCCAAUGAUUAAUUUUUAUUAUUGAUCCAUCCACAGAUUUUCACAAAUUGUGUCAAAAAUAGUAGAAAAAUGCUCAUCACAACUUUGAAAAGCCCAAAAUCUAAACAGUCCAAAAUUCAAUAUUAUUUUGUAACAUAACUUUCCUUUGUUUGUACUUUUACUCAAGUGGGAUCAGAUACAAAGCUCUGUGUGUUGGUGCUAUCAGGAUAAAUCAGUUUAAAGAUACAGAACUAUUAAAUACAUUUAUUGAGCUUUAAACUAAAUUAUAUGACUGUUCUUUGAUUUACAAACAAAUUUUAUGUAAACAACAUGGAGACCACCUAGCAGCCUCUAAGAGCAUCACAAGGGCUACAUAGUACAAUUGAAAGUGGCCUAAAACAUUCAGAUAAAUCCUCUAAAUAACAAUCUGCCUGAUGAAGUAGAUGGAAGUCAUAUCUGUAGAGACAAAAACAACUACUUCAAACUACGAUAAAGCAUCUGUCAAACCUAAAGGUAGCUAGUCUUAUUAUCGGCUCUGCCUACAACAUGCUAGCUUCCCUGCCCUGUGCAGAAACAGCAGAGGCAGAACCAGACUGCUGGGCAGAGUCAACCAGAUCCCAGAAAACAGCAACACACACAAAUCUCUACGCAGCAACACCAUAUUUGCCAAGCUGAACGACAUGACAAAUCCAACAAAUCUGGACAACAGUGCUCCAAACACAGCCAUGAUGAUGCGGAAAGCUCUCUGCUUUGAUUGGUCAACCCCAUCCCUGCCUCCACCCACCUCCCCAGGCCUGGGGCGAAUCAGAACAUGGAGAACAGAAAGAUUGCAGAAUAACACCAAGAUUAUGGAAAAGCCCAGGAUGCAGAGGAACCAGAUGGUUGGAGCAUCAUUGCAGCACAUGGCUCUUACAGCAAUCCAUAGUGAGCACAGCAGCCGAACACAACCAAUGCUAAUUAAUCGGAUCUUGGUUUCCUUCAGGCGCAAGUAGGUGACGGGGUGAACUACAGCCAGGUAGUGCUCCAGACAGACAAGGCAGUGAAAUAAAGUCUGUCCAGGGAAGACGAACAAGAAGGCUAGAGUCCCCAACGUCAGCAUCGGACUAGAGUCGGUGUUGAUUCCAUAACUGUAGAAGACUAGUCCGAAGAGACCAACAAGCUCCAUGGCGACCAUGUUGUAGGUGAAGAGGUCAGAUUGACCUGUUGAUCUUCCUCCCUGAACGGAGCGCUGACACCUCCAUUGCUGGACCCCGGUGUAGAGAACCAGGAUGUAGAGAGGGAGGAGGAGGAGGAUGUUGGCGGAGGAGAAGCAUAUAAAUGUGACAUUGCCUGUGUUGGCACAUAGACCAAUAAUGUUGAGAGGAUGUAGGGAGGAGUUGGAGGAGGAGACAGGAGCAGGGCCAAAGGUAGCAUUGAGAGAGGAGAUGACAGUCAUGGCCUGUGAAGGAAGACAAGAAAAAGAGGAUGGGACGAGGAGGUGUGGAGGAAAGAGGAAAGCCGUACUUUUACACACGUUCACACAAAUCAUGAGCAUAAUAAAAAAUGAGCAAAAUACAGAAAUCAUUAUUUUGUUGAAUUAGCGUUUGCUCUUGAAGUUAUUUUUGUUUCUGUUGAAAUCAUCAAAUGAGCUUUGACACUGUGAUUCGCCGCCGACCUGAAAACAGUUCAUUUUACAGUGUUGUAGCUCAUGUUCAAAUAUUUUAUUUGAACAUUUUCUCAACCUCUUGACAGUGAAUUAAAUUGUUUUGUGUCUCGAACAUC